GUGAGCUACAGAUAAUGAGGAAGUUGGACCACUGUAAUAUUGUCAGGCUACGCUACUUCUUCUACUCCAGUGGAGAAAAGAAAGAUGAAGUGUAUCUAAAUCUGGUGCUUGAUUUUGUACCAGAAACCGUGUACAGGGUGGCACGCCACUUCAACAAGUCCAAGACCACCAUCCCCAUUAUCUAUGUCAAAGUGUAUAUGUAUCAGUUAUUUCGCAGUCUGGCAUAUAUUCAUUCCCAAGGCGUCUGCCAUAGAGACAUAAAGCCACAGAAUCUCCUGGUGGACCCAGACACAGCUGUACUCAAACUGUGUGACUUUGGCAGUGCAAAACAGUUAGUUCGUGGGGAGCCCAAUGUGUCAUACAUCUGUUCGCGGUAUUACCGCGCUCCCGAGCUAAUAUUCGGAGCCACGGAUUACACAUCCAACAUUGAUAUCUGGUCAGCUGGCUGUGUAUUAGCAGAGCUGCUUCUGGGACAGCCCAUAUUCCCCGGUGAUAGUGGAGUGGACCAGUUAGUGGAGAUCAUCAAGGUUUUGGGGACCCCGACAAGAGAACAGAUCCGAGAGAUGAACCCCAACUACACAGAGUUUAAAUUCCCACAGAUCAAAGCACACCCUUGGACGAAGGUGUUUAAGCCGAGGACCCCUCCUGAAGCCAUCUCAUUGUGUUCUCGUCUGUUGGAGUACACACCGGUGACACGGCUCUCUCCGCUGGAGGCCUGUGCACACGCCUUCUUUGACGAGCUACGCCAGCCGAAUGCCCGUCUGCCUAAUGGCCGAGAACUUCCCCAACUCUUCAACUUCAGCCCUGUGGAGCUGUCUAUCCAACCACAGUUGAACUCCAUUCUCAUUCCUCCCCAUGCUCGCUCGCAGACGACACCUGCCUCACACGAGGGCAGCGGUUCAGACGGUCCAGCCCAGUCUAGCUCAGCACCGGGACCCCUGAGCAACAACACCUGAUUGUUACCUUGGCAUUACUGCAACGUCGUCAGCCCUCUCUCCUCAUCCCUUCUUUCUCAUUCCUCUCUCCUUCCCAAAAGCAGCUCCAAACAGUCUCUCUUGCACACGCUCUCUCACAAACACACACUUGUCACCUCGUGUUAUGUGUGGUCAUGUUCUCCCAUGAUGGAAGAAGUGUGUGAUGCCCAGAUUAAUGACAUCAAUCAUCACAGGAGGAGAUAAUGAGGUCGAUUCAGAUUUAUUUUGAUGAUUGUCAUGUUUAGGUUUAAAGACUGUGAAGGGCCGCUAAGGGCACACGUGCCCCCUAGUGGCAGGAAGAGCACCGCACAGUUACUGCUCUCUGCCUCUGGUACCAUCCAUUUGACUUUUAAACAAUGAUAUGAGAUAUCAAGCUCAUUUAAAUGUAAUUUUGCUCUUAAAGGAAUACAUUUUAGCUUUCUUUGGGAGUUCUUGCACAAAAGCAAGGACUGCGAUGUGUUUUAUGAAGCAGCGAGCGUGAGAUGUCAGUGUCUGUGUGUCAAGAGACGAAAAUGGGUGUCUUAAUAUGUGCGAAUGUCAAUUUUAAGCAAUCAUUGCACACUCUUUUGUGUUUUAAUUUCUUUUAAGGAGAAUAUUUAGAUACUUGGAUAAGUUGAGACAGGGUUUAUCUGGUUUCAUUAUAAAAACGUGCUCACUUUAGUUUGUUUUUGUGCAUGCACACACACACACACACACACACACACAUAUAACGGGUAGGCCAAUCCCAUCAAUAGCUGUGUUAGCUGUUCUGAUUGAUUACAGUUGUGCAUUGCGGAGUGUACACUGUGU